GAGAAGAAGCGAGAGGAGGAAAGAGAGAGAGAAGAGUUUAUAGAGAGGACAGAAGACCGGAGACUGUUUUUAAAGCUGGUCAGCCGAAACACCGCCUGUUCCUCCACUUUAAACUGGACCGGACCGGACCCUCAGCCAGGGGGCGAACUUUUCUGGACAGUUCUGCACAACAGCCCGCGGAUUUAAGUGUCUUUGGGCGGAUGAUGAGGAGUCCCGAGUUUCGGGCGAGGCUUUGACUCCCACCGCCUGGUUUAGGAGGCCGUUUAGCUGAGCUGUCAGGAUCCAGCCUCGCUGGGUUCGGCUCGGUUUCGUCCGCUCUCCUCCGCCGCCGCGGGCUGUUCUGACUCCGUAAGGGCAGUUGGAGUGUGUCUGGACGCGAUGCUGGACUGACCGAGCCCGGGAUGGCCUCGGCGGUGUUUGAGGGCACCUCUCUGGUGAACAUGUUCGUGAAGGACUGCUGGGUGAACGGCGUCCGCAGACUCAUCAUCAGCGGGACGGGAGAGGAGGAGGAGUUCUUCGAGCUCCGGACCGAGUGGUCCGACAGGAACGUGCUGUACUUACACCGCAGCUACUCGGACCUCGGGCGGCUCUUCAAAAGACUGCUGGAGUGUUUCCCCGAAGACCGGAGAGACCUGUCCAAGUCCGCUCUUCUAGAAGGCCUUGUGAGGAUUAAAGAAGCGAAGGACAUCGAGGUCAAGCUGAACGAGGUGGAGAAGCUGCUGAAGAACACCAUCAACAUGCCAUGGAAGUUUUCCAGGUCAGAGGUUGUCCUAACGUUCUUUGAACGUUCGCCCCUUGAUCAAGUGCUGCGAAACGACAACGUCCACAAGAUACAGCCGUGCUUCCAGAGCCCAGUCAAGAUCUCAGAGAUUAUGAGGUCUAAUGGGUUCUGUCUGGCCAACACAGAGACCAUUGUGUUUGAUGAGAAUGUUCCACAGGAUAAGGAGAGACCCUCGUCUACAGACUCAGCCGAGCACUCGUAUGAGGACGACGGUAAGGAGUGUCUGUCUGUGGAACAGGACCUCAGUGAUGACGAUACAGAGGCAUACGUCACCAACCUGUCCUACUACCACCUGGUGCCCUUCGAAACAGACAUCUUGGAGUGAGACGGCACAUUUCUCACGUACGCUGAGGAGCCACGGAUGCUUUAACCCUCCUCUCCGGCUGAUCGCUGCGUAUGGAGUCUGCGUGGCUGCUUGUGGGCCCAGCUGCUGGGUAAUAGCGUUUGAAAUGGCUGGUAGAAAUGGAUACAGAUGGGCCUUCAUGUAGUCAGAAUGGACCCAGCAACCCCUCUGCUGUGUUUGUGGAACAGCCCACCUGUGCCUCUGAAGCUGUCACUCAUGUGCCUCGGUGUUUAGACUUCAAGGAGAUACUAUCUGCUGGACGAGCAGCGCUGUGGAUUCCCUGACGGAGUCAUGUUCUCAUUUAUACACAUUUCAGUCAGGAACAGUAACUGGUUCAGUCCCAGUUCAGAAGAAAAUGCUGAAUCCAGUGAAUCAACUAUGAUAUAGUGGUGCACAGUUGUCACUUCCAGCUAGUAAUAUGGGCAGAAAAUUGACCAACCUAUCAUAAACUGGACAACAGAGGCAUCAGAAAGACCAGCGUCUUUAAAUAGAGGAUGCUCAGGUGGUGGUAGGAGGCGAGAGCAUGAAGAGCCGUGUUAAAGUGUUAACUUCACUCUUCAAAACGAUGGUUCUUCAAGGGUUCUCCAGUAAAGAAAAUGGUUCUUCGCAUCAUUCAGAUUGAUGGAGAAUGUGCUGUAGAUGGUUCUUUAUAAAACCCUGUUCAAAAGCACCAAAAAGUGUUCUUUUAUUGUUUCAAUGUCAAGCUUGUAAUAAUAGAAGAACCCUUUUCGGUGCUAUAUAGAACAAUUUUCUUUACCAAAGAACCCUUGAAGAACCAUCUUUUUUAAGAGUGUAGAAGUCAAAAGUCACCCAAAUCACCCAAAUUCCAUAAAUGCAUCCUCAGAACUUUUUGAAAAGGGUUCUAUAUAGUACCAAAAGGGUUCUUCUAUUGUUACAAACUUGACACCUUAGAAAUUGAACAACCUUUUUUGGUGCUGUAUAGACCCCGUUUCAAAAAUGUUCUAUAUAGAACCGUCUACAGUACAUUCUGAAGAACGCUUCCAUGAUGCAAAGAAGCUGUUAGUCAUGCAAAGGGUUGUUUGAGUUUUGAUGGUUCUAUACAAAACUAUUUUCUUUACUAAAGAACCCUUGAAGAACCAUCUUUUCAAAAGUGUACUGGCCCAGUGGCAGCAAAGUAAGAUCUGAUGGAGGGCAACGUGUGAAAUUAUCUUGAUUGGCAUUGCAUGGCAGUCAAACUCAGUUUCAGACCAUAAUAAUCAGUAUAAAUUGGUGUACUGGUAAUCAGGUAAACCAUAAUAAUCAGUAUAAAUUGGUGUACUGGUAAUCAGGUAAACCAUAAUAAUCAGUAUAAAUUGGUGUACUGGUAAAUUGGUUUGCCAGGUUAUAACCUAGCAAGUGAUUUUUCUCUACGUUAAUUAUUAAUCAUAAAUUAAGUCAGACUAAGCCGUUUUACGUGAUAUGUUGCCAGUACUAGGAAUUCCAGCCUAACCUAGGUAGACAUUGUGGGCGCAGUGAAGACAAAACACCGUUCUCUGUUGAGGAAACGUGUUUCAGCAGUUUUCCAGCUCCCAGUCAGCUGAUGUCUCCUAGAAAAACUCUAGAUUUGUAGAAAGUUGAAAAAGUUGACCCAUCUUGCCGUAGUGAUUGCAGCCGAUCGAAGAAGCUCCCCUCAGUUCCACAGUGAAACGGUGCUCAGCUUGGAUGUCACCGUGGAGCUCCUGGUGACCUGGACUUGUCACAGCUGUGGAGAAGCCUGGCCUCUGUUGCAGUGGAGCUGAAAGGCAUUGAAAGAUCUAAAUUUAGUCCUAUAGUCAUUACUAUGAAGCGUCUGUUCGCUUGGUGCUCUGAGAAUCUGCCUAAAUGAAUACAGUGGAUUCUCCCAGAGAUCAUUACCAACGAGGAGGUCUCUCCUGUUCAUUCAGGAUUCAGGAUCUCCACACAGACUGGAAGGAGAUCUUCUAGAAGACUUUUCUCCAGACUCGGACUUCUUACCACUGAUAUUUUCUAGAUUUAUAUCAGCAUUGUUAUUCCAAUGCUGUGUCUUGGUUACUCGUUUUUUACAGAGCAAAGAGUCUUUGUCUGCAGUAUUUCUGUCCUUCUUUAUGCCCUUAGAACUUUAUCUAGACCUGAGUGAAGACAACCUCGUGCUAGACGGUGAGGGAGAUUCACUUUACACUGCAAAAAAUAAUAUCCUAAUAAGAAGUGAAAACUUCUUAAAUGUAGUCAGUACAUCUAAUAUUUCUCACUAUAAGAUUGUUGUAAAAAUAUGAAAAGAUUAUUCCACCUUUUCUGUACAUUUUUACUUGUUUUAAGUGAUUUUAUCUAGUAAAAGUGUCUCAUUCCAUUAGCAGAUUAGUUUACUUGUUUCGAGAAAUAAUGAAGAUAAUUUUGCUCAUUUCAAGAAGUAAUGCUUAAAACAAGGGACCUGAUCUGCCAAUGAAAUAAGACACUUUCAUAUGAUAAAACUGCUUAAAAACAAGUGAAAAAAGGUCCAGAAAUAAGUUAAAUAAUCUUACAAUAUUCUUACAGCAGUCUCAUAAUGAGAAAUAUUAGAUAUAUUGACAUCUGGUAUGUUUAAACUUGCUAAGGUAUCAUUUCUGGUAGUUUGUAUCUGGACUGCCAAUUCAGUACACAGUUCAAAAGUUUGGAGUCACUCAGCAUAUUGAUAAUUUCUCAUUUUGUUCAGUGAUAACUUAUAUAGUAAAAAUUGGAAUGUUAUGAAGUAGAAGAUAUUUUUUUUUCUUAAUAUUUCAAGUUUUUAUGAGCAGCAAAAAUUACUAGAUAAUAUAUUGAAAUUAGAGAUGACACUGUACCACUUUUUUCCCCUUGGUACCAAAACCAGUCCAAGAUUUUUUUCUUUAAAACCUACUAAAUGCUGUAAUAUUAUUUAAUAUUUUGGAAUAUUAUAAAUUAGAUAACUAACGAUAUUUUAGAUGUUUUUUUAUUAUAUUUUCAGUAUUGACAUUGGCCCAGUUUUGAUGGCACAGAGAUCAGCAAUACCACUUCUUUUCUGAUACGAUACCGGCUGAUACUGAUACUGAUACUGAUCCAAGAUUUCUUUUUUCUAAACAUCUAAGCUUUAAAAUGAGCUCUUUCUAAAUGAAGCACUUCACUUAAAAUGAGUACCAAACACUCCACUCCCCCAGAACACACGGCUAUCAGUAUAACACACAAUACAAUAUACUGCAAAAAGUGAUAUCUUGUCGUUUAAAUCCAGUCAUAUCUAAUAUUUCUCAUUUUGAGACGGUUGUGAGCUUAUUAUAAGAUUAUUUAACUUAUUUCAAGACUCUUUCUACUUGUUUUGAGUGAUUCGAGUGAAAUGAUCUCGCUGUAUUGGCAGAUAUUCACUGCAAAAAAUUAUAUCUCAGCCGGUGAAAACACCUUAAAUGUAGUCAAUAUAUCUAAUAUUUCUCAUUGUGAGACUAUUGUAAGAAUAUUCUAAGACUAUUUAACUCAUUACUAGAUGUUUUUUACUUGUUUUAAGUAAUUCUAUCUUGAAACUGUCUUAUUCCAUUGGCAGAUCAUUUUAAGCGUUAUUUCUUGAAAUAAACAAAAUAUCUUCAUUAUUUCUCGAAACAAGUAAAAUGUUCUGCCAGUGGAAUCAGACACUUUCAUUAGAUACAAUUACUAAAACAAGUAAAAAACAUCUAGAAACAGAUGGAAAGAUCUUAUAAUGUUCUUACAACAGUCUCAUAAUGAGAAAUAUUGUAUAUAAUAACUACAUCUAAGAUGUUUUGACUUGCUGAGGUGUCAUUUUUUGCAGUGUUUUACUGUUGUAAGAAAUGUGCUUGAAACAAGAUAAUUCAUCUGCUAAUAUAGUGAGAUAAUUUGACCUCACUUGGAAUCUCUCAAAACAAGUAAAACGUGUCUAUAAAUAAGAAAAAUAAUAUUUUAAUACACUUACAACUUCAAAAUGAGAAAUAUUAGAUAUAUUAGCUGGGUUUAAGAUCAUGUCACUUGCCAAGACAUCGCGUUUCGCUCUGUAGAGCCACUUCAGGCUAAAUUGUCUUAUAAAACAACAGAGGUUCUGAUUUGGGGCCGUGACACUUGUAGAGGGACGUGUUGAGUGAUGUUUGUUUAUUUGAGCCUGAGCUGUUUUUGUCUUCAUUCUGGAGCUACUAGACGGCAAGAAAGCUAAACAGCCCAUUAGGCCUCUUUAAGCCUGUACUUUAAUGGACACAUACAACAAAAAGACUGUUAAACUUUACCUGUUAAACGCAGGUAUUAAUAAAUUCUCCAUUAUUUGUCGGCUAAAAUGUCAUGAUGGUGACCCAAACUGUGAUUCCAAACUUUUGAACGGUAGUGUAGGUGUCACGUCUCACUUCCUGAGCUCUGACCUACAAUAUCGGCCGUUUUUCCUGAUUUGUUUCAUGUCAGAGGGGCAUCAUUCGAUUUAUUCACACUUUACGGGUCGUACACUGCAAACAAUGGCAUCUUGUCAAGUGAAACGAUCUUAAGUCUAGUCGAUAUAUCCUAUAUUUCCUAUGUUGAGAUGGUUGUGCUCUUAUUAUAAGAUAAACUAGCUCAUUUCUAGACACUGUCUCCAUUGGCGACGCUCAUGGGGGCUCGGACCUGGAUUUUUCUGUAUAGCUGCUUUGUGACAACACCUGUUGUAAAAAGCCUUCACACUUUUGGCUUGUUUUAAGUAAUUUUAUUAAGUAGAAUUAUCUCACUAUACUGGCAGAUUAUUUUGCUGGUUUCAAGCUCAUUUCUAAAACAAGCAAAAUCAUCUGCUAGUAUAGUGAGAGAAUCCAUCCAUCCAUCAUCUAAACAGCUUAUCCUUCUGGGUCACAGUGGGGUGCUGGAGCCUAUCCCAGCUGUCAUUGGGCGGAAGGCAGGAUACACCCUGGACAGGUCGCCAGUCCAUCGCAGGGCAGACAGACAUACACAUUCACA